AUGGUGCGGUCUACCAUGGCCACUGCGCUUACAUUGCUCUCGAGCCUCUCGAUUGCUUGGGCGUUUACAAACUGCUGGUGCGAUUUCAGCGACCGCCGUCAUGAUAUCCAGGCACGGGCCGGAGCGACCAAGAAUGCUUGCGGCCGAGCCGUAGCUGCCGAUCCAGUCCGUUGGCAGACAAACUAUCUGCCAGGCGACACAUACUGCUACUACACCUACGACGAACUCCCCGCCGGACCCGGCUACGAUGCAUUCCACGAUUCGUGUGUCGCGGGUACAGAGUACAAACACAACGUCUGUAAUGUCGGACUGGAUUGUGUCUGUUCCACUCGCAUAACGCUCGGUACACUGGUAUCUCCGGACAGCUACCUACAUGUCCUUCUGUCGAACAGCUCCGCUCUCCGCUCUGAUCCUCCGUGCCUUCCGCUCUCCGACACUUUCGCCGACGCACUCUCCGAUACUUCCGCCGGCAUCCUCUCCGACACCCUCGCCGACAAUCUCCACCGAGUGCUCGCGCACAAUCAUACCAGCGACACCGUGAGGCUCAUCAUGCCACGCAAGAUGGUCAAGAAGCAGGCGGAAUUGGUCAAGAGGGUACAACACCCAGUGAGCAAGGACACCCUCGGACGUGCCAUACCACCCAAGAGGGUCAACAAGAAGAUGAAAUUGGUCAAGAGUCCGCAGGACCAAAUCUCUUCGGAUUCGUCUUCCGGUCGCACAACGACAGACUCACGUCUGCUUGCUCUGCCGCCGGAAUUGAGGAAUCAGAUAUUCCGCCAUGUGGUCAAGUACGACUACAAACACAUCAUCGUCACGCCGCAGGGCUAUGAUCGUCCACCACUGCUGGAGACAUGCAAGAUGAUUCGCAAAGAUGCUCUCAAACUCUUCUACUACACCAAUGAGUUUUACGGCUACAUCUUCGAGUACGACUACACCCCAAUCGCCAAAUUCUUCGCUCUCCGCGAAGCCAACAACAUCAGGACGUAUGUCUACUUCACGCUCGAACUCCAAGGUGUACCCAACUGGAACAAUCUGGUCGACUGGGUAAAGCGCGAACACGGAGCGAAGUUCAGCCCGAUAAAAGGCAUACCGGAGCGUGAAGGGAACGAAGUGCGGAUCAUUCUUCGAGGAUUUUUCGCGAUGGCAAUAGCUAUGCGAGGACAAGAGUGGGAGGAAGUGGAGGCGAGACUGCAUGCUGCAAGACCGGCCCUGAUCGCUCUGGACAGGAACUGGGCUCUGAAGAGGUGUCGAGACAAAGAAUGGAAGGGCAAGGCGAAGCUCCCCACAGGCAGUGGGCACUGGCUUUGA